UUUACAAAUGUUAAGUUGAUUCGCGGGAGAGAGAGAAAAGUGAGGAGACUGAGGAGAGAGAAAGAGUGGCAAUCACGGAUUCAUCGGAUCAUCUUCCUUUAGAAUAGCUUGUUAUCCUCGAUUUCCGCCGUCCGCUGCUAGUCUCUCUCCUCUCGUCACCGUGAUUCUUUCCGGCGGGAAUUUCCCGGCAAAAAUGCGAAGUAUUAGUUUUCUGCUUAAAUGCUGAAGAAAUAUUAUUAAUCUGUCCAUGGAUCUAUGACCUUUGUCAUAUCUCAGCUUGUGGUCAGCUUUGCCAAUGUAGUACAUGCUCUCUCUUGCCACUGAAUCUGUCACAUCACAGAUAUCCAUGGGUUCAAGUUGAUUCAGGCUAUGUAUACUAUGAGCAUUCGAAUUCCGAUCAUCAAAUCCAUCAAGUCAGUGCCAGCGCAGAAGCUUGGUCUGUGCUUCAGAGAACAGCUCUCUGCACCUGCCAUACAGAAGCUGGAAAUUUCCCAUUUCUGUCUUCGUUUCAUGUUUCCUAAAUCUGGGAGCUCUGUACAGAACUAAAUGGCUGCAGCAGCGUUGAGAGGGCCUAUAAGCAACGAAACAUGCCUCAACAGCAAGACAGUGGAAGUUAAUCAAGCGGGAAGAAGACGUGUGUUUGUCCAAACUGAGAAUGGCUGUGUAUUGGGAAUAGAGCUGGAUGGAUGUGAAAAUGCUCGUUCUGUAAAGAAAAAACUGCAGUUUUCUCUGAAUGUUCCAACUGAGGAGACCUCGUUGACUUGUGGAGAUACAGUUUUAAAGAAUGAUCUUAGUACCGUGAGAAACAAUUCGCCGCUUCUACUUACUAGAAAUUGCUUGCACCGAAGUUCAUCUACACCAUGUCUGUCUCCUUCUGUUAAGAAUCUUCAUCAAAGAGAUGAGAGCAGUCCCAUAGAAGUCAUAGGUUGCUCAACUCACUUCUUUGGGAUAAAGCAGUUGGUGAGUGGCAUUGUGGAGGCCAUGAAGAAUGGUAUUGAUCCUGUACCUGUGCAUAGUGGUCUUGGUGGUGCUUAUUUCUUUCGGGAUGUUAAUGGUGAAAAUGCUGCAAUCAUUAAGCCAACCGACGAAGAGCCUUUUGCUCCAAAUAAUCCGAAAGGUUUUGUUGGAAAAGCUCUUGGACAACCAGGACUCAAAUGUUCAGUUCGGGUGGGAGAAACAGGGUUCAGAGAGGUAGCAGCUUAUCUUCUCGACUAUGAUGGUUUUGCCAAUGUGCCUUUAACAGCUCUUGUAAAGGUAACUCAUCCGAUCUUUAAUGUAAACAAUGACGGGGUAAAUGGGAAUGGUCACCACCAAGGGAAUCAAAUAUGCAAAAUUGCCUCAUUUCAGCAGUUUAUUCCUCAUGACUGCGAUGCUAGUGAUCAUGGAACCUCUAGCUUUCCUGUUUCUGCUGUACAUCACAUAGGAAUUCUAGAUGUUCGCAUACUAAAUACUGAUAGACAUGCUGGGAACCUUCUGGUGAGGAGGUUUGAUUGUGGGGAUGGAAGGUUUAAUCAGGUAGAUUUGAUUCCUAUUGAUCAUGGCCUUAGCCUCCCAGAAAGCUUGGAAGACCCUUAUUUCGAAUGGAUCCACUGGCCACAGGCGUCAAUCCCUUUUUCUGAAGAUGAACUUCGGUAUAUAUCUAAUCUUGACCCUUUUUAUGAUUCUGAGUUGCUGAGGGAGGAGCUACCAAUGAUUCACGAGGCUUGCCUCCGGGUUUUGGUCCUUUGUACAACUUUCCUAAAGGAAGCAGCGUCAUUUGGUCUUUGUCUUGCGGAGAUUGGUGAAAUUAUGACUAGGGAGUUUCGAGGUCAUGCAGAGGAGCCGAGUAAGUUAGAACUGAUAUGCAUCAAGGCCAGGUCACUCUUGCAUGGAAGUGAGGUGAAGAUGAAUACUACUAGUUCAAAUGAUGAGGAUAACUUUCAAUUUGAUUUAGAAUGUGAAGAUUCUGAUAGGGAUAUAAGCAGAAUUUUAGAAGACAAACUCUUUAUUCAAAAUAACUCUAGUAAGAAAAAUGUGACGAGUGGUAUGAACUUUCUUUUGAAACUUGAGGAGGGUGCUGAAGAGGGGCAGGAGAUAGACGCAUCUAGUGGGACUAAGAUCAAAGAAAGCAGAAUAGGUAGCGUGGGUGAUAAGAGUUGGAUGCACCAAAAUGCAAUACAAGAUGGAGGAUGGUUUUACAGAAGUGGGAAUGAGCAUCUCUCAACAAGUUCAAGUUUUGUAACUCUAGCAGAUAUGAACGAAGAAGAAUGGCUGGCAUUUCUUGAAAACUUCCAGAAGCUCAUGCCUCCUGUAUUUCUGAAUUACAGAGCAUGGCGGGUGGGUAAGAGGCUUGGAACUUCAUGCAAGUUCUGAUAUGGGGUACAAAAUAGGACUGCAAGAUGAGGAAUUAGUAGAUCUUGGGUUCUUUUCAUUGUUGAAUAUGUCAAAAGCAGCUGACUAGCUUUGGGUUGGUGUAUAUAUUUUUGCUUGAUUGGUUGCGUGAGAGUUGAGAGUUCGAGUAGUCAAUCUUAUGGAAAACAAAACGCCUUUUUUGCGCUUCUUCUUCCUUGGGUUGAGGGGUUUUUCUGUUGUUGAUUAUCAAUAUAGUGUGAUGACAAUGGGUAUUAAUAAACAAAAUAUUUCACUGUUUUGGUUAAAA